AAAUUCAACGGCAGACAGUACUAGGCAUCCAACGUGACCAGAGCGUGUACCUCUUGUGCUGAUAGUUUGUCUUUGAAUUUCUGCAACUAACCAAUGAGUUUAGGGAGGGUAACCAUCUUGUAGGGAUGUUUCUUCUUUGAAUACCGACAGCACGCCAUACCUAUGCGAGUGAAGAAGGAAAGAAUCAUCAAUUAACUUUAAAAUUCGCGUGGUAUUUUCCAAACGUAAGUAGGAAGAUAUAAACCAGAUGUUUUUAGACCUCCUCAUUAAACUCCUGAAGCGUAAAACUGAACUGCUUUAGCCUAUGGAAAACUCUCCGGAGGAUUAUAGGAUCCAGUCAUUUGACCUGGAAACACAAAUGUUGCUUAAAACAGCAUUGAAAGAUCCGGGGUCAGUGAAUCUGGAGAAGGUAUCCAACAUUAUUGUGGAUCAGUCGCUGAAGGACCAAGUGUUCAGCAAAGAGGCGGGGCGCAUCUGUUACACCAUCGUACAGGCGGAGGCCAAGCAGAACAGUGGAAGCAUGUUUAGGAGGAACCUGCUCAACAGGCUCCAGCAGGAGUUCAAGAAACGCGAGGAGACCCGAACUCGAUCCCUGCAGGAAUGGGUUUGCUUCGUCACAUUCAUCUGCAACAUCUACGACUACCUCAAAGUGAACAACAUGCCCAUCGUGGCACUGGUCCAGCCCGUGUAUGACUGCCUGAUGAGGCUGGCGCAGCCAGACGCUCUGAUGAAUGAAGAAGAGGUGGAUUGUCUGGUUCUGCAGCUUCAUCGCAUCGGUGAGCAGCUAGAGAAGUCGAGCAACCAGCGCAUGGACGAGCUCUUCUACCUGCUGCGUGACGGCUUCCUGCUCCAGGAAGGACUCACCUCCAUGGCCCGCCUGCUGCUGAUGGAGAUCCUGGAGUUCAGGGCAGGGGGCUGGGUCCUCAGUGGCACGGCGCACAGAUACUACUACAGUGAAAUUUCAGACUAAAGACACCCAAAGGGGCAUGGGAAUACACCAGCAAUUUUGACACAAGAACGUGCAAUAGAUCCCCGAAGAUCAAUUCCAGCACUGCUCAGUUAUGCAUUCUUUUAUUUAUUGUAGUUUUUAUAUAUCUUGAAGGCAUUCCUUUCCAUGAGAAAACAUUGGUUCAAGUUGGGAUAUUCCCAUUAAGAUACAAGCCAAUUUUAAAUCUUUUCUGAAGUGAAGGAAAUCAAAAUAUCACUUUGAGUUUUGAGAAGUAUUUUAUUAAAAAUUUGCAUUCCAGUUAUACCUGUGUAGUUUCUUCACCAGCUAACAACAAAAGUGUUGUGAUUUCAUUUGGAGAUUGCAUAUCCUGUAAUUUUGUAUUAUUUGUUCCAAUAAAUAUUAAAAAGAAAAAAAACAGAG